AUGGUUGACAGACAAGUCAGUGAUGCGCAAACACCGAUACUCGAAAACAUGGUCGUUGGAGUGCCGCCUGUGUUUGAGGGGUUGACGAAGCAGCUCGACAAGAUCGUCGAGCAGCCAUUGUUGGGGCCAAGAGCAGCGUUCCCCGCAGCGAGCUUCGCAUACGCACGGAAGAAUGAAUCUGGGAGACGGCUACCACAGGCGAUCGCGCAUCGAGGGUUCAAGGCGAAGUUCCCGGAGAACACGAUGGGAGCCUUUAGAGGAGCCGUGGAGGUCGGGGCUGAUGCGGUCGAGACGGAUGUGCACCUGACGAGAGACGGCGUUGUUGUCUUGUCACACGACAAAGACCUGAAGCGCUGCUUUGGGCGGAAAGAGAAGCUGAUCGACUGCGAGUACGAGUUUGUGAGCAAGCUGAGGACACUGAAGGAGCCGCACGAGUCGAUGCCGAGACUCGCUGAUUUGCUCGAGUAUCUGGCGCAACCUGGCCUGGAGGAGAUCUGGGUCAUGUUGGACAUCAAGCUCGACAACAACGCCGAGGAUGUGAUGCGUCUGAUCAGCGAGACGAUCCGGGGUGUUUCUCCUUCGCCAUCGAGAGCGUGGCAGAGCCGGAUAGUGCUGGGCUGCUGGGCAGCAAAGUAUCUGCCGCUAUGCUCUCACUACCUGCCCGGCUUCCCCGUGUCACACAUUGGCUUCUCCGUGCUGGUUGCAUCGCACUUGUUCAGCGUGCCAAACGUGUCGUUCAGCAUGAACCAGGCGGUGCUGAUGCCGCCGUGGGGCAAGGCAUUCAUCCGCAAAGCGCAGCGUGAAGGGCGGCCCGUGCAUGCGUGGACGGUGAACGACGAGCGGCGCAUGCGGUGGGACAUGCAACAAGGGCUGGACGGCGUCAUCACAGACAACCCCGAGCUGUUUCUGGAGGUGCGCCGAGGGUGGCAUGAGGGGGCCAAGCACGGCCUGCGCGUGCGAGACUGGCUGGACGUAUGGAGGGUGAAUUUCUUCGCGCUCCUGUACUCGUUCGCCUUCCAGCUCAUGUUUGGCUUUGGGCAGGACAAGCGGCUGGCCAAGGUGAAGCAGGCCGCAUAG